UAAAUGUCUUGUUAAUUUCCGGUAAAUUACUAAAAUUUUUAAAAAGUUGUGUUCAUUUGGAAGAUUAUGGGUGGGUGUAUGUGGUGAUACUGAUAAUGAGUUUAGUAAGUAUAAAAAAUGUAAAAUGCCGAUUAGGACCACAUUGCCUUUGAGACUCUUUAAAAUCAGUCCGCUAGUGAGUUUUAAGCCUGGAGCCGGCGUGGUGUAUCAUCCAACAGUCCAUGACGCUCAUUUAAACGAAACACUAAGAUUUGAAAAGGCCGUUAAAAAAGGAAUAAGAUUACCACAAACUAGGAGUGAUUGUUAUUAUAAUGGCCUGAAUCCAGACAAGGUGGUUUCAAAUGACUGGCAGAGCCUUGACCUGGGAAGGAUGCCCAUGAGAGGCGGGUACAACUACGCUGGAUACAGACUUCCUCAAGUGAAUGCUUUUAAUGAGGACGAACUUGUUCGUUUUUUCGACUUGGAGAACUUCUUGCAGAGAUAUUCCCUAAAGGAGAUUUGGAAGUCAGCCAAGUUCAGGCUCAGAUUCUCCACCAUUAUGUACCUCUCAUUCAUCUUCCCCUUCUUUUUUGUGUGGUCUGAGUCAGUUUGGAAACAGCGUUAUGAGCCUCUGGAGCCCUCAAUUCCCACUGAAGACUACCAUAAACACUUCGUCUGGCACUCGCUCGGCCACAAACUUGACCAUCACGCCUUUGUCCAGUACUCUGAGGCUAGAAGAACUCACAAGUGGAGGAAUGACCAAAUUAACCCCGAAGACUAUAUCCCACCCCAAUACAGAUAUUUACAAAAACUACCUAAAAAUGCUCUUACACACUAAUAUGUUAUCGUACA